CAAUUGGUGGUAGAUAAGAGUGAGGUUCUGCAAACCAAAAAACCCACCCAACAUUCCCCCAUUAAAGAUAUUUUCAAGUUCAAUACCCAAAACCCCCAAUUUUCGAUAUCAAAUUAGGGUUUCAUAUUUCAAAUUGUGUGAUGGCAGUUUCUGAUAUGGUUGUGGGGAAUCUGAUGAUGCUGUAUUUGGCGGUGAUCGCGGCGAUCAAGGGGUACGGGCAGGUGACCGGGAGGAGCUACGGUGGAGUAACGGUGUUGAUAUUAUCGACAGCUGCGGUCGGAGUUUUGUUGCUCGGAGCGUUGACGUGGGACGUGUCUCGGAAGGCUGCGACGUAUGCGGUGGUGACACGUGUCGGUGAUGAUGUGGAGCAUGAGAUGUGUCGUGGUGGGAUUUGUUGGCAUGGGGUUGCCGUCAAGUCGCCGGCGUCGGACCUCCGGUUUAGGCUGCCGCAACGUCAGCAUAUUAAUUAACGGCCAAUGAGAAAUAGUUAAUUGAAUCUGAAUAAUGAGUAAUGACAUAAUGUCUGUAAUAUAUAUUGUUGGUAUAAUAUAAUGGAAAACUUUUUUCUUUAUGUU